AUGAAACAAAACACUGUCUAUGUCCCCACCGUGUUUGAGAAGUACUCUGCCUCCUUCCAGAUUGGCGACAAGCCGGUGCAAAUCAAUCUGUGGGACACAGCAGGGCAGGAAGAUUACGACAGGCUCCGUCCCCUCUCCUACACAGGAGCCCAUGUGAUUCUCAUGUGCUUCGAUGUCACCAGUCCCAACAGCUUCGACAACAUUCUCACAAAGUGGUACCCGGAGGUGAAUCACUUCUGCAAGGGUGUCCCCAUCGUGCUGGUGGGCUGCAAGACUGACCUGAGGAAGGACAAGGUCCUUCUGAGGCGGCUCCACAAGGACCGGCUGGAGCCCAUCACCUACCACAAGGCAGAGGCCAUGGCCCGGGAGGUGCAUGCUGUCACCUACCUCGAGUGCUCAGCCAAAUACCAGGAGAACAUCACCGACAUCUUCACAGAGGCCUCCAGUGCCGCCUUGAGCGCCAUGCAGAAGAGCCAGCGCAAACGGAAACCCAAGAGGAGCUGCCUGCUCUCCUAGCCAGCUCCACACUCCUCCUGGGGAUGCCCCAGUGCCCUGCACCCAUCCCAGGGCCAGCACCGCCCUCCAGCAUCUCCAUGGGCAUCGGCUCCCACACAGCCGGGACUGAUGGCAGAUCUUGCCCUCCUUGCAGCAGGCAUCACCAGGGGGUGAAUAAUGCCACAGGAAGGGCAAGUGCCUCCCCCCCCAUAGUCUGACAUGGAAUAAGACCAGAGUAGAGAAGGAGCCAUGUUCCAGCUCACAGGAUUCACUCCCUCAGCUCUGUAACAGAGCAUGAGUACAUGUCCAAUAGCCUUAACUCCUCCCAGCUUCACCUGGCUCCAUCUGGCAGCUACCAGCCCACGCAGCUCUUAAUAGCACAGCUCGGCUCAGCACUGCUCCCACCACCACAACCAGGCUUGGCUUGCCAUGGCUCCUGCACAACUACCACCACUGUGAUCCACAGGGUUCCCCCAUCCAUGUCCAUGGACCAAUUCCCUGAAUCCAUCCACAAGACUCCACAGCCACAAGUCUCUGCAGGGCAUAAGCCCAAAGAGGGACUGUGGUGUCGUCUUUGUUGUGUGUUUGUACAGCACCUCACAAAGUGAGGUCCUGGCCCAUGGCUGGGGCUCCUGCGAUAAUACGCAUAAUAAAUACUAACUGAAAGUAACAGAUAAGGCUGAGCAAAGGGCUUAGGGUGAGGCUCCCUCUCCCAUCAGGGAGAUCUGAUUAAGGGAAUGCCCAUCAAAGACCCCUUGGUGUCAGAGAUGGGAAGGACCAACUAGACCACCCAGCUUAUUGCCACAAAGCCAGGGCAGGACUGAUCUCCCAACAGGACAUUUCCUAUGGUCUUGACCAGUCAUGUUCAAUGCCAUUGGGGCUCCCAUCACUUCCCCCAGAGGCAGAUCCUAUGGCCUAAGCCAUCUCACUUCCCAGAAUAUCUCCUCGCUCCCCUUGUUCCUCACUCAGGUUCUAUCCUAUGACUCUAGUUAUUCCCCUGUCUGUCAAACUAAGCUCCUCCUUCCUGGGGGGGGUUUAACCCAUCAGAGAUCCUGUGUCACCACCACCCUUCAUUGCUGCAUCCCUAAAUCAGCUGGAUCCGCCCAAAUCAGUCACCUGAGCUCUUCUCUGAGCAGCUACCAGUGUGCUGAUCUCACUCUGGUGGUGUGGUACCCAGAGCUCAGCACAACAGGACAGAACCCCAACUGGAGUAAAUUGGCAUCACUCCAUUGACUCCAAUAGGGCUGCACCCAUUUACAUCAGCCAGGGAUCUGGCCCAGACACCAAUGGAGUAAUGCCAAAUUUACACUAGCUGGGGAUUUAGCCCCCUUGCAGCUCCAGCUGAUUUGGACCAGCUGGGGAUCUGGCCCAUUGAUUCCAAUGGAGAUAGGGUUGAUUUACACCAUUUGGGGAUCUGGCUCUCCUGACUCCAACAGAUCUACAACCAGUUUACACCCACUGGGUACCUAGCCUCCUUGAUUCCAAUGGAGGGAUGCUGAUCAGCCCCAUGGGACUGGGGGAGGCUGGCACACAUACUAGUUAUAGGGAAUGGGAUGAACCACCCCAUUGGGGUGGAGUGACACAAAGGUCCCGUGGCAAAGGGUCCCCUGUUCUGUGCAAGCAACUCUCAUCUCAGACCUGAUAAACUCACUACAUCAAACAUGUCUUGCCCAGCAUUUAUCCAUAAAGGGUAACAUGGAAGGUAGCUACAGAGAGCUCGUGACUUAUCAAGACUCCUAAUCAUUGCAAGUAGUUACAGGUAAUAAUUUAAGAAACAUAACUACAUUGAAAGUAUGCUUUAGGGACUCAGUCGAAGAUGGUCUCCCAGGGAUAAUAUGUCUGGUGAGAACCCAUUCAAGCAGGAGUGGUCAUGCCUCCCUCAUUAAUGGUAAUGUAAGGCUCAAUUGUCUAGCCUUGCUCCAGCCCAAGAUUAUCAAUAGAAAACCAUCAGAAACCACUACAAAUACCUGAAAACAAAGAAAAAAGACAAGGGGUCACCCUAUCUAUGACAGGACAAAAGACUGUUUCAGUAUGUGACA